AUGCCCGUGUGUUCACUGAAGCCAUCAGAAGUGCCCAAGUCUUUGAACCCGAAGUGGGCUUGUUUCAAAGGCCAUGGAUUUCCAGGUGGCUUAUCUGCUGUUGACGGACAAAUCCAAACACCCUAUGUUAUUGGCAGAUAUAAACAGGAAGACAGAAUGAUUGGACCUAGUGACUACUGUGGCUCUUCAUCUGGCUCCGCAGGAUAUCUCAACAGAGAGAACACCCCGUUUACCCAUUUACAGAUAGUCUAG